ACAUUCAUUCGUAGUCGAACCUUCAACUGACACGCUUCAAAAUGGCCAACCCUUGCCUUAAAGUUAGCUUUUCAUUUGUGAAUAUCCUCUACACAUUGACAGCGAUCGGUCUAGCCGCUGGCGCCAUCUGGUAUUCGUUAAAAGUGAAAGAAGUGACAGACCUCAGGAGCUAUGAGAAAUAUCAACUGGACCUGAACAUCUACUGGCCUCAAGUACUCCCAUACAUCUUUGUUGCUAUCGCCGUGUUCGUCGUUUUGGUUACCUGCUGCGGUCUUUGCGGAGCCGGGACGGGUAGUAAAGGUGGUCUUAUAACUUACAACGUCUUCUUAUUCAUCGUAAUUUUGAUCCUAAUCGGCGCUGGAGUUACAUCCGUGCUAGUUGCAACGCAGAAAUGUGAAACGUUCAUAAAGGAUACCUUACACGAUGUAUUUCAAGAGGCGCAGAGGAAAAACUACGUUCGGGAAGAAUUUGGGAACUUCGAAAGGAAUUUGCAUUGCUGCGGCGCUGACGGUCCCAACAACUACUUAGGGAGGAUACCCGAGUCCUGCUGCAAUGAAGGGGACAAUUGUAACGAAAUGGUGAACAGAAGGAAAGGUUGUAUCGAAGUGGCUACAGUUUACACCAAAUGGGCGUUUAUCAUUGGUACUGCAGCCUGCGGUGUCGUCGCUUUUCUCUGCAUCAUCAGCAUGGCGCUUUCCUACGCACUCAUCAGAAGUAUAGGCUCAAAAACGAUAAACUAAUUUAGUCUGUAAAUCUAGUUUUUAAUAGUCAUUAUCAAAUUGUGAUUUUACACCAAUGAUACUCGGAAAUAUUUACCGUUUUAUGUUUUUUAAGCUCUUUGCAGAUAGUGUCGGAAAUAAUUCAAGAGGCUAUAAUAUAUGCAUUUAUUGUAAAAUUUUAUAAUUUAUUUAGGUAGAUUUUAGUAGUAUUAUAUUUAGGUGCAAUAUUAUACAUAUUUUAUUUAUUUAUUUAGUCAUUUUUGUAGGUAGUGUUAUUAUUUAUAUUACAAUAUUUUAUUUAAUUAUACGUAUCUAUUUGUAAAGAACUUAAUAUUGUAUUUAAUAUUGUAAAUGUAUAAAACUUUAGUUGUAAAUGUAGAUUUUUCUAAUUUAAUGACUGAUUUGCCUGCAUAGUGUCAGCUGUAAUUACUUGUGAAUGAAUUU